AGUUGAAGAUUUUGGUUUCUCUCUCUUACCAUUGCUUUCUCUCUCUAGCUGUUAUCUCUCUCGCGCAUUGCAGUUAGUUCUCUCUAGCAGUUAACUCGUGGAUGAUCUGAUAUUUUCCGCACUUGAUUGUGGAGGUCAGGCUUUGUGAGGCAAUAAGAGUGGAUGUGCCUCAGUUCUUGUAGACGGAUGAGGUAGACGGAUGAGAUGGACUGAUUAUUAGAUCUUGUCCACAUCGCUCUCAAUCGUCUCUGCUGAACACAAAAGCAAUAUUUGCUCUUCAAAAUUACUUUCCCACGAAUCUGAUAAGUGGAUUUUAUAUCCACUUGGAAUGCCUUCGUUUCGACUUAAAUUGAUGAUUUGGCCUCAAGUAUGUGGUGUUUUUGAUGUGUUUUUGUGGUGUUGUGUAGGUUCCCUAGGAGGAGGAUAAAGGGUGGAUUCAAAGCUAAAAGGUGGAAGAAACGGCGCAAAGAUCGAGCGAGCAAGGAAGGAGAAAAGGGAAGAAAGAUUCCAAGAGUGUUCGGGGCUGCCCAAAUGGGGUCUCCACCCCAUUUACGGGGUCUCCACCCCGUUCUGAAGAAGAAAAUUCUGCACUGAUGGGGUCUCCACCCCACUGAUGGGGUCUCCACCCUACUUCAUCAGAAUAGAGGCUGCCCUGACGGGGUCUCCACCCCACUGAUGGGGUCUCCACCCCACUGACGGGGUCUCCACCCCACUGACGGGGUCUCCACCCCAUUCUGUUGGAAGAAAAAGCCCAAAUUGCCUUUUCUUGAUCCGUUUGAAGGCCCGAUCGCUGUGGGACUUAAACAAAAGCUCAAAGGAAAAGCCUAGCAACCUAGAAACAUUCUAAGAGGCACGUGACGGCUACGGAGAAGAUCUAGAUUCAUAGUUUUCUUUUGUCUUCUUCCAAUUAGGCGAUACUUUUGGAUGCUCAUUCGGAUUUGUUUCGAAACUCUUGUUUUACUCUUUUGACUUUGUUUUUCCUAUUCAGUACCAUGUUUACAUUCGAACCCAUGAUGAUGAGAAGUUCGAUUAUGAACUAAUCAUUGUCAUGGGAUUUUAGCGGAUUUAUCGAUGAAUUUCAGUAGUUAAUUUGUCUUGUUCAUAUGUGAUGGUUUGAUUUCCUCGUAUUGGUUGUGCUUAUUCGUCUUGGAUGCGUAGCUAACAUCUAAGAUUGCUUGUUAAUCUUUAUUGAAGCGACAGUGAAUAUAUUGAUUUAGAACUUGCCAUGCGAGCAUAGGUUUCAUGUUCGAUAACAUGACUUGUGAUGUGAUUUUACCCAUCUUGCAUCGCCCUAUGUAAUCUUGAUAGAUAACUUGUUCUUCAACCAUUAUGUUUUCAAAUUCUAUAGACAUAUAGGGUCUAAGCAUAAUUGGAGUCUGUUUACCUUCUAUCUUAAUUGUGGAUGUGUAGCAGUAUGGUGCACGUAUAACGACAGUUAGCGUGUAUCAGUUUCGUGUUAUCUGAUUAGUUAUCAACCAUCACCUAUCGAUAAGGCAUAACUCUGAAUGAAGUAUAUGAUGAAGUUAGAAUCCCAUGUUUUAUUCCCAUUAGUAAUUUGAUUUUAAUUCUCUUAGUUAUAAGUCGACUCGAUUUAGUUAAAUUAGGUAAAACCAACCAAAUUGUUAUUUGUCCGAGCAUUGAAUAAUAGCCAUACAUUGGUGCAUAAGUGCAUAUUCUUGAAAACACUAGUCUCUGUGGGAACGAACUGAAUUGAAUUUCUAUACUACUUGUGACCACGUACGCUUGCGUGAUUUUGUGCGAACAAGUUUUUGGCGCCGCUGCCGGGGACUCGGUGUUUACUUUAGUUUAUGUGCUUGUCAUUAGUGGUCGUUAAAGUUCAGUGACUUGGAUUCUUUUCUCACUUUAGUUCGUUGUGUGUGUUUCAGGUACUUGAGUGACGUGUAUGCGAACACGUUCUCAGGCUCGUAAGGAAGCAUUAAUUAAGGAAGAAACGAUAGAGAUUGAUACAAUGGUUGAUCAACCACCAGCUGUGAAUAUUCCUAAGGCUCUGAAGGCUUUCUCUGAGCCUAAAAUCAAUGACAUUCAAUCGAGCAUUGUCAGGCCAGCAAUUCAGGCCAACACUUUCGAGAUCAAACCGAGCACUAUUCAGAUGGUACAGAACUCAGUGCAGUUUGGGGGUUCUCCGACUGAGGAUCCUAAUACUCAUAUUCGGGACUUCAUUGAGAUCUGCGACACUUUCAAGUUCAAUGGUGUUACGGACGAUGCCAUCAGAUUGAGGUUGUUCCCAAUUUCUUUGAGGGAUAAAGCUAAAGGAUGGUUGCAUUCUCUUCCUGCAGGAUCUAUUACGACAUGGGAGGAUCUGGCUCAGAAAUUUCUUACUAAGUUCUUCCCUAUGGCUAAAACCGCUGCAAUCAGGAAUGCUAUCACUCAAUUCUCUCAGUUGUCUGGUGAAACUUUAUGUGAAGCUUGGGAACGCUACAAGGAGAUGCUUCGGAAAUGCCCACAUCAUGGGAUGCCUGAUUGGAUGGUUAUUAAUUGCUUUUAUAAUGGGUUGGGUCCUCAAUCGAGGCCAAUGCUCGAUGCUGCAUCAGGCGGAGCUCUAUGGGCUAAGAGCUAUGAUGAGGCUUAUGAGUUGAUCGAGAUGAUGGCUGCGAAUGAAUAUCAGAAUCCUACUCAGCGUCUUCAUCAGGGCAAAGCAGCAGGAAUUCUAGAUGUUGAUGCUACUACAGCCAUAGCUGCUCAGCUUAAGGCUCUUACUAUGAAGGUGGAUUCUUUGGCAAAUCUAGGAACUCAGCAGCCACCUUCAGUCUGCGAGCUCUGUGCUGGAGCACAUUCUUCGGAUCAGUGUGCUAUAUCGAGCGAAUCCGCUCAGUUUGUGAGCAACUUUCAGAGGUCACAACAGCCAGCUCCGGCCACUUAUCAUCCUAAUAAUCGGAAUCAUCCGAAUUUCAGCUGGAGCAAUAAUCAGAAUUACAUGCCACAACAACAGCAACAGUUUCAGCAGCAAGGAUCUAGACCUUUUAACCCUUCUGGUUUUCAACAACAGUUUGCACCGAGACAGCAAUUCCAUCCACCCGGAUUCCAGCAACAAAAUCAUGGGGUGGCUGGACAGUCUUCCAACGAAAGAUCAGAAUUGGAAGAAUUAAGACUAAUGGUAAAAAGCCAAUCGGUGUCAAUCAAAACUUUGGAGAAUCAGAUUGGGCAAAUUACUAAUGCGUUGAUUAAUAGACCACAAGGAACUCUUCCUAGUGAUACUGAGGCCAAUCCGGGCAAGAAGGAAGUGAAGGAACAGGUACAGGCUGUCACCUUGAGGUCCGGAAAGGUUACGAAGGAUAAAGAAUCAGCAACAGAGCGAAACAAGGAAGAGAGUGAACAACAGGUUGAAACAACCGUACUCUCAUCUGAGUCUGGUAGUGGAAAAACUGUUGUUGAGGCUGACAAGAAAGAAAUCAACGAGGAGGCAAGCAAGGAAUCAACUGAGAAGUCUAGUCCUAAAUCUGAUAAUGGGGUCAAGCAAGUAUAUCCACCUCCCCCUUUUCCGAAGAGACUUCAGAAGCAUAAGCUCGACAAACAAUUCGCUAAAUUUCUAGAGGUUUUCAAGAAAUUACAAAUCAAUAUACCUUUUGCGGAAGCUCUAGAACAGAUGCCGAGUUAUGCUAAAUUCAUGAAAGGUAUUCUAUCUCGGAAACUUAAACUUGAGGAAUUGGAGACUGUAGCUUUGACCGAGGAGUGCAGUGCGGUGUUGCAACAGAAAUUGCCUCCGAAGCUGAAAGAUCCGGGGAGUUUCACAAUACCUUGUACUAUUGGGCAAUUAUCUUUCGACAAAUGUUUGUGUGACUUGGGAGCUAGUAUCAAUCUGAUGCCCUUGUCCGUCUUCAAGAAACUUGGGCUGCCGGAGCCGAAACCUACGAACAUGUCAUUACAACUGGCUGAUCGGUCCAUCACUUACCCGAGAGGUAUAGUGGAAGAUGUCUUGGUUAAGGUGGAUAAGCUCAUCUUCCCUGCUGAUUUUGUCAUUCUAGACUUUGAGGAGGAUAAGAAGAUUCCUAUUAUCUUGGGAAGGCCGUUCUUAGCUACAGGCCAAACUUUGAUCGAUGUGCAAAAAGGAGAGCUUACAAUGAGAGUUCAAGAUCAGAGUGUCACUUUUAAGGUGUUCAACGCAAUGAAAUUUCCAACCGACGAAGAAGAAUGCUUUAAGGUGGAGCCACUAGAAGCUGUUGAAAAAUUUGAGAUGGAGCAAAAGCCAAGGCCAUGUACCUUAGAGAGCGUCUUAACAGGGGAUUCUGAUUUCGAAGAUGAAGGAGUAGAAGAGCUUAGACAUUUUCAGGAGCAUCUUAAACCAUCUAUUGAAGAAGCUCCUAUAAUCGAACUCAAACUACCACCGGAUCUCUUAAGUGAUGUACAAUUUAGAAGGUUGUCACGGCGCAUAGAUGACAUGCAUGACGUUCACCGCUGUUUUGCAAAGGAUUUGACUCAAGCUCUUGGGAGUGCUUUUCGAGCCAUUGGUGUUGAGGUUGAUUGGCCAGUGUUUGGAGAUGGCAUGGUAUAUUCACCACCUGAUCCUCCACCCGAGGAGGGUGAUCCUCCCGACUUCUAGGUACAUUCGAUCCUUUUUAUCACCUUCAAUGAGGUCAUUGAAUAUUUUAAGUUUGGGGGUGGUAAUCUAAGGACUAGUAGUAGUGUGUGUUCAUAUAGGUUGCAUGUUGCAUGUAGUUUAGCAUAUUAUCUCAUAUUGUUUGCAUAUAUAUUAGUUCACUUUAGUGUGCGUAUUAGUUCAUUUUCGUUUCGUUUUUUUUUAUAUAUAUGCUUGUGUUUAGGAGGUGUGAGUAGUUUCAUAUAGUUGCAUUUGCAUGAAUCAUGAUAGUUGUCUUCCAAGUUGAUUUCCUAUGAUGAGGUUAUGUGCAUAAUUUUUUGGCUAGUAGUUUCGAUCAUAUGUGAUGCCUUGUUUCUUGGAAACUGCUUGUGUGAAAAUUGUAAUUACACUUAUGCUCUAGAGAUAAGACUUAGACUAACUUAUUUCUUGAGUCUUCACGUUGAGUCGGGCGUAGAAUUAGGAUUAUUCCCCUUUUGAACGUAGAGUUUGUAAAUCUUAAGUUUGGGGGAGUUAAGGGAUGAAUAUGCCUUUCUAAAAAAAAAAAAGAAGAAAAAAAAAGAAUAAAAAUUAUCGGGUACUCCUUUGAGAUCAAUGGGUAAAAUGCAAUGUCAUGUGAAAGGGACGAUCCAUGUACUUGUGCUGGUAUUAAGUGCAAAUGUAUUAGAAUAAGCAUUUUCUUGGUGACUUUUCGCAACCCUUGAUUACUGGAGAAAUACUUGAUUAAAAAAAAGAAGAAGAAAAAAAAAAGAAGAAUAAGCGAAGUCGAAUGGCGGUCGUGACUCACUUACACGGAGAAGCGUCCCAACCUUAGACUUAGCAAGAAAAAGAAAAAAAAAAUAGAAAAAAAAUAGGAGAGGCAUAGGAAUUCUUUAGUGACCCUAAAUUGUAGUUGACUCUUUAGUAAAGAAGUGUUUUAGCCUGAUUCUGAUUAACGGCUCAUAGUGAGGACUCUGUUGAAGUUUGAUAGUCUUUGUUUUGUUUCACUAGAGAGCAUGCUAGCACACACGAUGCACUACACACUUGUAGUGGAAGAGAACAGGGCUAAAGUGUGAAAGAGAUGAAUGCUGAGAAUGUUGCAUUAUCUGAGGAUUCUAUGUUAACACGGAUGACACUUCAUGAUUCGAGUAGACGUAGGCAAAUAGUUGCAUUCAUGCAUUGCAUUAGUAGUUUGUGUGUGUGUCUAUGCUUGAGGACAAGCAUCGGUUUAAGUUUGGGGGUGUGAUAAGUGGAUUUUAUAUCCACUUGGAAUGCCUUCGUUUCGACUUAAAUUGAUGAUUUGGCCUCAAGUAUGUGGUGUUUUUGAUGUGUUUUUGUGGUGUUGUGUAGGUUCCCUAGGAGGAGGAUAAAGGGUGGAUUCAAAGCUAAAAGGUGGAAGAAACGGCGCAAAGAUCGAGCGAGCAAGGAAGGAGAAAAGGGAAGAAAGAUUCCAAGAGUGUUCGGGGCUGCCCAAAUGGGGUCUCCACCCCAUUUACGGGGUCUCCACCCCGUUCUGAAGAAGAAAAUUCUGCACUGAUGGGGUCUCCACCCCACUGAUGGGGUCUCCACCCUACUUCAUCAGAAUAGAGGCUGCCCUGACGGGGUCUCCACCCCACUGAUGGGGUCUCCACCCCACUGACGGGGUCUCCACCCCACUGACGGGGUCUCCACCCCAUUCUGUUGGAAGAAAAAGCCCAAAUUGCCUUUUCUUGAUCCGUUUGAAGGCCCGAUCGCUGUGGGACUUAAACAAAAGCUCAAAGGAAAAGCCUAGCAACCUAGAAACAUUCUAAGAGGCACGUGACGGCUACGGAGAAGAUCUAGAUUCAUAGUUUUCUUUUGUCUUCUUCCAAUUAGGCGAUACUUUUGGAUGCUCAUUCGGAUUUGUUUCGAAACUCUUGUUUUACUCUUUUGACUUUGUUUUUCCUAUUCAGUACCAUGUUUACAUUCGAACCCAUGAUGAUGAGAAGUUCGAUUAUGAACUAAUCAUUGUCAUGGGAUUUUAGCGGAUUUAUCGAUGAAUUUCAGUAGUUAAUUUGUCUUGUUCA